AUGGUUUACACUCCGGUGAGAAAACCGACUUUCUUCAUCGGGGAAAAUCCUCAACGAACGCUUGGGUAUCUUUUCGGACGGGAGUCUGAAGUUCAACAGCAACAUCAAGUUACUGUCAUCACGUCGAGGUUUGCUUUUGACGAGAAUCGAUUGGGAAAAACUUUGUAUUCAGCGCCUCUUCCAAUGAAUCGAGGACGAUGCACCAAACUUCUUCGGAAGCCGACAGAAAGAGUUCCGAAGGCGGCAACAUCAUCAGCAAGCUGCUCGAGAAACGCAAUCCCUAA